CGCCAGCAACCACAUUUUAACUGCAAAACACUUCAGAGCAACCCCGAACCCUGAUGAUCUCCGACUGUUGUUCUGUGGGUAGAAAUGUAUCCUUUCGCGACCGCUUGACCGCCAAUCACGGCUAUCACCGCAGUGACUACUUGAAAUAUGACGAGGCGCCGCGCACGAGCUGGGAAGGCCUGUCGAGAGAGGUCGUUGUCGCCAACCUCCAACAAGAGCUGCGAACGCUUACGGGGAAGCGCCGCAAAGAUGAGCCGAACUACUACGUCGAAGACCCGCCCAGCCUGAUCACAGAAUCUUUCCUUCACUCUUUCCAAGUCGGGACAGGCGGGAGCAUCUUCACAGACAUCUUGCCUCGCAUACAAAAUGCCCAAUCGGAGAUUAUUUUCGUUACCUGUUUCUGGGCCAAGUCUGCCUCGCUGGAAAAACUAGGUGAGACCCUGAAGGGCCUAUCGCAAAAGUCUCUUCGCGCCAUGACGACUGGCGCGCCCCCGAUCCGCGUCAGAAUCUGCUUUUCUUCCCUUUCAGUCGGCCAGAAACUCUUCCAGACAAACUCUCUCGAGGGACGAGUGUACGAGCCGGCCGAGUAUGUCCAGAAGCUUGGCUUGCCCUCCCACGACGAGCUGUCUGGACUGGACCUGGAGGUAAAGUGCAUCUUCAUCAAGCCCUUUUCUGUCAUGCACCCGAAGUUCAUCAUAGUUGAUCGUAGCCUGGUUUGGCUACCCAGUUGCAACGUCAGCUGGGAAGAGUGGUUUGAGGGCUGCCUGGCACUCUCUGGCCCCGUCGUCUCCCAGUUCCUCACGUUCUGGCAACACUUCUGGAAUCGAGGCAAAGCACCAUCAUCGAUCCCUCAAUCCCUCGAUCCUGGAGAAACAGCUAUCGCCCUGCACCGCCGGUUCGCCGUAGUUUCCGAACCUCCCAACACGCUAUCAACCCUAGAAGGCACCACGGGCGUCGCGAUCCCGACGGUGUUCCUACCGUCGCCUCAUCACGCCAACCCACGCUUCGGCAUGCCUGGCCCACCUCCCCAAACCCCUCUCAACGCGUUUGUACUCCAUCGUCUGCGCGACGCCAACUUCGACAUCUACAUCCAAACGCCCAACGUCACGUGCACGGCGGUGGUCAAGGCGCUGCACCACGCGCUCAAGAACGGCGUCAAUGUGCACAUCGUGACGAGCGAGCGGCUGAUGCUGGCCGAGCAACUCGGCACCGCGGGCACGACGACAGCGCGCGAGAUCAAGGGCCUCAUCAAGCGGUACAGGAAGCUGCCGACUGAGACGCCCAUCUACGACACGCCGCGGGACCCACCCCGGCACCCGCCCCACCGCGGCAGGCUGCGCGUCGAGUACUACGAGCCGCGUCCAGCGGCUGGAGAUGGCGAGCCCGUGCAGUCGCAUCUGAAGCUCACGAUUGUCGAUGACCGCUUCAUUGUGCUGGGAAGUGGCAAUAUGGAUCGUGCGAGCUUCUACACGAGCCAGGAGCUGGGUGUCGCGUUUUACUCGGAUCGUCUGGCGUCGGACAUUCAAGAUUUGCUGCGCAAGAAUCUGGAGGGCCGGCGCAAACUGGUGUUUGAUUCAGACGAGGAGGCGAGGAGUGUGCCUGGUGAGGCUGAUGGCAUGGAACUGGUAUGAAUAAUGGCAAUGUGGAGUUGUCUUUCGGGUAGAAAGGCUUCUGGUUAAUGUGUACUCUUACAGCGGGUAAUGCUAUGGAUGACACGCGGAGCUAAUACUAAAUUAAUACUUAAUAUAAUAACUAUCACAGCG